AUUGCUGGUUUCAGUAUGUUUGGGGCCUGGUGAAUCCAGAGGAGGAUCGAACCUCAGCCUCAGCUCCGAAAUGGCGUCGUUUUCGUUUUUACCGGCCAUUUCUGCUUCUUCCACUCCUCAGACAAGAGCUUUCUUUCCAGCACGGCCGACUUUGCAUUUGAAGAGCCGGUUUGUGGUUAGUAGCAGAUAUGCUGAAGCAGGUAUCAGGGAUGAUUAUGGUUCUGCCACUAUAGAUGUUGUGGCUGAUGUUAAAAGUGAACGGGUUGUGGUCCUAGGAGGCAGUGGAUUUGUUGGUUCUGCUAUAUGCAAGGCAGCAGCAUCCAAGGGCAUGGAGGUCAUCAGCCUAAGCAGGUCAGGUCGUCCUACGUACCCAGGCAGCUGGGUAGACCAGGUUACUUGGAUUUCAGGAGAUGUAUUUUAUGUCAACUGGGAUGAAGUACUUGUUGGAGCUACUGCUGUGGUUUCAACCCUUGGGGGUUUUGGUAGUGAGGAGCAGAUGAAAAGGAUUAAUGGUGACGCUAAUGUAGUUGCUGUGGAUGCUGCAAAGGAAUACGGGAUUCCCAAAUUCAUCUUAAUCUCAGUUCAUGAUUACAACUUACCUUCAUUUUUACUUUCAUCUGCGUACUUCACUGGAAAGAGGAAAGCAGAGUCUGAGGUUCUCUCCAAAUACCCCAAUUCAGGCGUGGUAUUAAGACCUGGUUUCAUAUACGGGAAGAGGAGAGUUGAUGGUUUUGAGAUUCCCUUAGACUUGGUGGGAGAGCCAGCAGAGAGAAUUCUUCGGGCCAUAGAGAACUUCACCAAACCUUUAAACUCUCUUCCUGGAUCUGAUCUGCUGUUAGCCCCACCUGUUAGUGUUGAUGAUGUUGCACUUGCAGUUGUCAAUGCUGUCAGGGAUGAUGACGAAUUCGGCAUUUUCACAAUUGAUCAGAUCAAGGAAGCUGCAGCAAAAGUGAGGGCAUGAUCCAGAUGCAGGAAUAGCUAAAGGAGAUCAACAAGAAGGCCUCCAGUGCUGUGCUGCAGUCAUUAUACAACGUGGCAAUUUUUUUCCUUCUCUCGUUCAUACCUAAAUAUAGGAGUAUUGUAAUCUGAUAUGAGUUUCACAUGUAGAACACUACAGACUGAGUUCUACCUGUUAUAUGCAUAUUGUAUAAUGUCAAAAGAAUCUCUGUAAAGAUCCAUGCUUGUAAGCAACUUUUCAUGACUCCUUAGAGAACUAUGUGCUUAUGGCACCUUUUGUCUA